GCCGCCGCCGCCCGAGCCUCGCGCCGCUCGCCAGUCUCCACUCCACUCCACUCCGAGGCGCGUGGCGGUCGCGCAACGCCUCAACCGCUGGCUCCAUAUCAACACUUUUACUCGAUUUAAAUUCGCAAACCGUGCCCGCGCGGAACUGUCACUUUCGCUCCAGAUCCCCGACCGGUCCCAAUUAUGAUAACAUUGUGAUUCUAACCAGUGAAGUGCGCCCCUUAAGCUGAUUACAGCUACAUCCCGAGAUUUCAAAAUGCCCCAAUGGGCUAGCGCGGAGGGCGGCGGUGCCGAGGCCGAGUCGCCGGUGCAGAUGACGUGCUAUGAAGACGAAACCUCCGAGUAUGAGAACAAACCCGACAUAGCUGACAUGAAUAUAGAACAAGCUGGUGAGUUUUACGACAGCGGCAGCGGCAGCGAUGAGGUAGUGGUACGGCGGGGCUGCCGCACGCGGCGGGCGGCGGCCGGCUCCUCCUCAUCCGGCACUUCUGCCGGCUCCGGCACCGGCCGCCGCCGGCGAUGCGGCAUCUCCGCCCGGGAACGGAAUCUACGUCGGUUGGAGAGCAAUGAACGGGAACGCAUGCGCAUGCAUUCACUCAACCGAGCUUUCGAGGACCUGCGGCGAGUAAUUCCUCACGUGAAGAAAGACAACAGAAGCCUUUCCAAAAUAGAAACCUUGACUCUUGCCAAAAAUUACGUUAAGGCUCUCACAAACGCCAUUUGCUCUAUGAGAGGGGAGGUCCCUCGUUACAAUUUCGACAGUGCAGAUGAAAAUGUGGAGCCAGUAUUCGUGUUGAGCCGCGACGAGCAGAACAACAACGAGCCAACGGAUGAGACCCAAGAGACGACAUCGAGCGUCCGGCCCCUUUGACCCCGCGGCCUGACAAGCUCACUCAUCCUCACCCCUCAGUCAAACGUUGCCACUAUGCUCUCGAUUUAAUUUUAGUAAAUUAAUCUAUCUAUAUUCGUUGCCAAAAAUACCUUAAUAUACAAAAAUAAACAGAACAGGGUUAUCAUAUGGGUAUCGUAUGGGAUAAUCUCUAAGAUCACCUAACCCGUGAAGUACCCUCUUAGGUAUUUAAAAAUUGUAAUGAACGCAAUUGCAACCUUGCGCGAAAUGCACUAAAAUUUGAACUCCCCGAUGAGAACGCGUUUCGAUGCCGUGAAGUGUGAAAAAUUAUCUUAAUUACUGCCGCGCCAAGUACAAACCUGAGGACCUACCGCGAAAAACGUAUUUCGAAAAAAAAAAUGGUUUUUUGCCUUCCUACAAACGGUAUCGUCCUACCGGAAUUACUGUCGAGUUCUGAUUCUAGCUAUCCUACAAUCCUUAAGACUAAAUAGAAAAGUGGGUAUGAACAAAUUAACUCAUUAUAAUUAUGUUAAUUCAAGGUAGCGUAAACACGCAAAGUUCUACAACUAUUCGGAACGAAGUGAUACCUACGUGCAAAUAAUAAUAUUCAUUACACGUAAUAUAUAUUCCAAUUCAGUAAAUAUAUAUAGGUAAUCCCUAUUGUCUACCUAAUCUAAGUACUCUCAAAAUCCAUUCUGAAUCUAACCUUAAGUAAGCAUUUACUGGAUACCCAUAAUAGUAUAUAAUUCUCCCUGACAGUGCCAACAAAAUGUAUGUUCCUAUGCAAAAUGUAUGUGACUUCUACGGACGUUGCAACAUAUAUAUAUGACUUGCGAGAUAAUUGCUGGCUAAUUAGGAGCAACGAAUUCAAUCGAUCGACCAAAUGCCGCAAUUUAUUGCAAAUCACAUGCAAUUUUCGGUUACGUAUGGAGAUGCCUUUACGGAACUAGGUAGUCUCGGGUUAUAAUAUUUAAAACUGGGUAUGCUAUAGUCGGUAUGGUAUAUAAAAGACAAUCGCCUAAUAUUUAACUUCAUCUGUAUUUUAGAAUACGAGUAUAGAUUGGUUCAAGAAAUAUUGAAGACUAUUUCAUACAUGAAAUGGCAGCAAUUGUAGUCUCACGGGCUCUGAUUUAAAUUUAAGUAGAAAUUAGCGCCUUAAGUUUAUGUAAAUUUUGUGAUUAUUAAAUUCGUAAUGUUGUUCAAUCUCAUUUUAUAGUUACCAUUUUGUAAUAACUUUAGUAGGUACCUAAAUUAUUUAAUUGAUUUAAGAUAAGAGUUAUUGCAUUUUUAGUGAUUUUUAAUAUUAAAAUUGUAUGUUUAAAGUUUUUUGUGAAUUAUAUGUUUGUGACAUUGGUGUUGCUGUAUACGGUUUCUACUUAAACAAAUUAUUCAUUGUGGAGUUCCUCUAUCAAGCUUAGUUACAACUAAAGAAAAAGGACUUUAUUUUCUAAUGUGUAUUAUUAUGAUUGUUUUUAUCUAUAAAGUUGUACACGGAGACCAAGCUAAAUCUGCAGCGAUCGAAAUAAACUAGUUUUUUUUUUAUCAGUAUAUGACAACACCACAGAAAAAGCAUUUAAAUAGUCUAGAUACUUGUAAAUUAUUCGGCCAUUAAUCGAUUGGGAAAAUCAGGCUUCUACAUUAAAAUUAUAAAAAUGCGGAACACAAAGAUAAAGUUCACAAUAGUAUUUUAUACCAAUCGUGAUAUAAUGGAGACCUUUUCAAUCGACUACGGUGUUAAGGCCACGAAGCUUGCUAAGUGGCCUAAUUGGGUACGAGAUUGAAAAACAAAAUACUUAAAACUAGUAGAAUCAUAUAGAUAAACAAACCAAAAAUAUACAGCUAAGAUACGCGAGCAGCCGCGAUACCUUUAUACUCCGCGGCCCGGCGCCACCGGCUGGCAACGACACCUUCUCGUAACCUAUGAGGUCUUU